AAUAGUUUAACUGCUGUUCAUUAAUCAAGCAAAAAAGGAACAUCACAAUUACAAGUUAUAGUCCCAUCUGACAGGAAGUGAUUUGCACAGCUGAGCAAUCCAAAUCCAGUGGAUGCAUGUUUUUCUCUUCAGCUAGAUGAAAAAUGGAUGUCCGUAUUAUAAGAUCAGCUGGAUUCUUCGGGCAGUUUCUGUGAAGUCAGAAUGAAAUUUACUGAACAAAACCUCAACAUUUACUUUGAUCCCCAGCAGAAGUACCUGAUCUCCACGAUAUUGUUUCUGACACUUGCAGCAAUAAUGUCUACUUCUCUGUCAGCUAUCUCUUUAUAUCAUGUAAUAACAUUAAAAGCAGAAGUAGCCACUUUGAAGACAGAGGUUUUCAAAAAGCGAGAAGAGCACUUGGUGUCCUUGACCUGCCCUGAUGGAGAAAUGCCCCAACCAAACAGGGACCAAGAGCAGAGAGUGCAUUAUGUAAAUGAAGAAGAUAUACUGGAAGACCUCAGGAUAGGAAACUCUAUAGCAAAGCCUGGUAAUCACAGAAUAAGGCUGCGCAGAUCCAAUAAUCUCACUGAUAAAACAGUACUUCAACCGUGUUUGCAAAUGAUCGCAAACAAAGAUAAAGGCACCUUCCAAAAAGGUGAAAAUACAGCUAUCUCUUGGCUUCCAGGUCUCAAAAGAGGCACUGCCCUGGAAGAGCAAACCAAUGCAAUAAUUGUCAAAGAGGCAGGGUACUUUUUUGUGUACAGCCAGGUUUAUUAUAAGGAUAAAAUCUAUGCAAUGGGACACAUAAUAGUAAGGAAAAAGGCCAGCAUAGUUGGAGAUGAACUGCAAAAUGUCAAUUUGUUCCGAUGUAUCCAAAAUAUGAACGAAGAUUUUCCUUUCAAUACCUGCUCUACAGCUGGGAUUGCAAAACUGGAAGAAGGAGAUAGUAUUGAACUCCUUAUACCUCGGCAGUCAGCAGUGGUAUCUCUGGAUGGGGAUUCAACAUUCUUCGGCGCUAUAAAACUUGUGUGAAUUUUGUGGAUCAAGCCAAAUGGGUGGGCAUAAAGCCGUGCUUCUCCAUUUGUGGGUGUGUCUGAGUAGACUGAGGAUAGUUGACACUGAUACAAACAGGAAGCCCAAUGGCUGUGUAAGCAUUUGUGUCACAUGGUUUAGCAGAAAGUGACUUGGGAUGGUGCCAUCAGUGGUGACAAGCAAAUCAACAGGAUGUUCAAAACAUCACGCAUGGUAUUAAAAUAUAUAUCUUAUUUUCCAUGUGCAGGUGUCUUGAAUCUUAAGGGGUUAUAAAUAAUGAAAUAAUUGCAAAAACCCUUACUUGUCACACCUUUUCAUUCGCCAUGUGGGUCCCACAUGUGCAGUUUUGUAAGAUUUAUAUGCAUUUUCACUAAAAAAAAAAAAUAAUAAUAACUACUGCCAUAAUAUACCAGGUUAAAGAAAGUUUGCAUUACUUUCAGGUUGCCUGUUACACUUCCUAGCCUAGUUCAUUGUCUCAGCCCUUUCCACAGUUUCUUUCUUGUUAAUUAUCAAGCCACUUUCCCUCAUGACAUGCUAUGCAGCCAGUGAAAUUCUUUGAAAGUGGAUAGAGGCCCAGAGACAGACUGCAGUUCAAAAAAAUAAUACUUUUAUUAUAAAUAAACACAAAAUAA